UUUCCAGUAAGCCGCGUCGUCAGUUCGAUAAAGUCUACAGCAUUUUCGAAGAGGAGAGCGAUAGGUAUUGAAUGUGGUAUCAAAUGUGCCUUCGAUCGAACGUAAUUGUUCUUGAAAUACGAGUUUAAUACUGGAAAAAGAUUUGCUCGAUUUUAUAAAUAACGUCUAACAAAGAAGAUGGAAAAAACAGAAGAGAACGAGCAUAAUGCGUUGAGACAAAUUUUGAGUGACAAAGAAUUAACGCAAAUUCCGGAAGGAAUUGUUAAGAAAUUAAACACGUAUUUCAAUGAAAAAUUUGAACAAUACAUAACGGCUAAAGCAGUUUUCGAAACAAAUAGGAAAAAUUAUGACCAAACACUGGAAAAAUUACAAAAAGAAUUGACUGAAGAAAAAUCAAACUUCAAAGAGUGUAAAGAAAAAUUAGACUUGGUAGAGAAAUACAAUGCCGAAUUACAAACAAAUUUAGAUGAAGCAAAGGGUGAAAUACAGAAAUUACAAGAUAAUGUUAAAAGAUUAGAGAAAGAAAAUGUGGAUUUACGCAGGCACAGAGAUACAAUUGUGGAUGACAGAGAUGCAUUGCAAUUACAGGUUGAACGACGAGAUACAGAAAUUGAAAGAAUGCACACCGAAUUAUCUUCCUUAAGUACUCAACUACAAAAUGCUGUUGCCGCAAAAUGUCAAGCUUUGGCAGAGACAGAGGAAAUCCGAAGUCGUGAUAUGACUCUCGAUUUUAAGGAAAAACGGCUAGAGCAAGAAAGAGUCCUUCUUGCGCAACAAAUGGCUGGUUUUGAAGAAGAAUUAGCGAAAAGAACGUCGGAAUUGCAGGCAACCAGAGCAGAGGCUUCAGCACGAGCUCUUUUAACAGACACACGUUUGGCACAACGGGACGAAGAAUUACGUAUCGCUAACGAAGCAAUGUCACAAUUGCGGGAAUCUUAUGUUACACUUCAAAAACGAUGCGACGAACUUUCUCAAAAAUUAGAAGAACAGCGUUCCCACGAAAUUUCUAUACAUGCUUCCUAUCGAGAAGAAAUUAGUGCUCAAACCAGACUUGCUGAUCUGUACAAAGGAAUGGCCGACGAAGCCAAUGCGAAAGCUGAAGAAUUUAGUAAUGCAGUUAAAGAACUUCAGGAAUUACUUGAACACGCCACCGAACAAUAUGGAACGUUAGAGACUACACAUAAUCAACUUCAGUUACAGCAUAAAGAAAAUCUGGAAGAAAAAGAACAAAAAAUAGAUGAACUUUCAAAGGAACUGGAUCAUGCAAAUGAAUUACUUAAAAAUAUUAAACAAGAGAGAUUGGAUCAAGCGGUUGAACAACUUGCACCAACAGCAGCCAUAGCUAGUCGUGUGCUUAGAAAAGGUUUGAGUCUUACUCAAAUCUAUACACAAUUAGUCGAUGCUACAAAUGAAUUAACUUCAGAACGUGAAGAAAACGAACGUUUGAAAUCUCAAAUGGAUAUAAUUUUACGCGAAUUAGAAGAUAAAGCACCCAUUUUACAACAACAACGCGAAGAUUAUGAAACCGCUAUGACUAAUAUUGCAACUCUCACAUCAAGAUUAGACGAACUUCUAGCAGAAAAUAAUAAAUUGCAAGAGACGGCAGACGAAGCAAAUCGUAUUGCUAAACAUCAUACUAAAGAAAAUCAAAGGUUGAAAACAGAAUUGUCAGAUUUAGCAAGACAAGUAUGCUUCCUUUUAAAGGAAGUUCAAGAGAGUAGGAGCGGGACAGUUCUCCACUCGAAUGAAUUUUCAAGCGCGAUGGAUGUGGAUAAUCUUGCAUCGUCUGAAAUUAUUAGUAAGAAACUUGUGACGUUCAAAGACAUUGAAGAACUGCAAGAAAAUAAUCAAAAAUUACUAUCAAUAGUCCGUACCUUAUCAUCAAGACAGGAAGAAAUUGAAAGAGCAACCGACGAAAUAAAUUCUGGCGAAAUGAAAGAGAAAUUAGACAAGUAUUUAGAACAGUUGGGAGAUAUGCAAGCCGCGCAAGACAGACAAACAAAAAUGUUAGAGGGCCUUUUAAGACAGCGAGACAUGUACAAAAAUAUGUAUCAACAGUGUUUGAAGCAGACAAAUAUGUCUGAAAAGAAGGAUCUUCCUAUUGUUGAGGAGGACAGUAUAAAAGAAGCGGAUGGAGAAAAACCUAUUAAAGAAGAAUCAUUUAAACUUACUCAGAAUGACGUUAACAAAGAAAAGGAAUUAAGCAAGGAGUUAAAAGAAUAUGAAAUUAAAUUGAAACAAGUGACAGAUGAAUUUGAUACUUACAGAAAGGAAAGAGCAGCACACGAACGAAUGUUAGGAGAAGAAGUUGAUAGACUUAGAAAGGAGGCAGAAGCAAGUUCAGCCCGCUGUUGCAGGUUAAAAGCACAAUUAGAUUCGGCUAACGAUAGAUUUAAUCUUCUACAAGCGAAUGUUACUUCUUACAAAUCGCAGAUAAAAGUUCUCGAGGAGAAAUGCAGCAAUUAUAACGUGACAAUCGGCAAACAUGAGCAAAGUUUAAUGAUUUUGAAAGAUGAAACUUUAACUGCUCAGACACGUUUAUCCCGAGCUGAAGUACAAUUGGAAAAUAUACGACAGGAAAGACAGCUUUUACGCGAUUCCGAAGGACGCCUUUUAAAGGAACGCGAAGUAUAUCAAAGAGAACGUCAAACGCAAGCAUUGUUACGAGCAGAUGUUGAAUCUAUUAAAGCUAGUUUGGAACGUGUUCAAGCCGAGGGUCAGUUGCGUGCCGAACAACGUUUGGACGAUGCCACGAGGGAAUGCGCUGCUUUGAGACGACGAUUGCAGGAAGAACAAGACCGAUUUAGAGAAUUGACAUCUCAUUUGGAAAGGCAACUUGCAACAGCACAGGAUCGAUUGACCGAAGAACGUAAUAUAACCGAACAAAUUCGUGCUGAAUUAGAGCAAGCCCGUCAAUCUGAUUCUCAAAAUAUUCAGCGCAUAGAGGAACUCAAUACUAAACUUAGACAAGCUGUUACUCAUUCGAUAUCAAAACCUUUCAGUGGUGAUGAGAAUCUCAUAAAGAGACUAAAAGAACUUGAAAUGCAACUUGCAACAACGCAAGCGGAAUCGAAAUCCUUUUCGGAACAAUUGAAAGCCGCGCGACAACAAAGUCAACAGUAUUGCGAUAUAGCUGAAAGUGCAGAAGCACAAUUAAGAGAGCUAACUGCGCAACAUAAUAAAUGUAAAGAUGAAUUAGAAACAGCUUUAAAAGAAGCACGCGUAGAUAUAAUAUCUCUACAAAAGAGAGUGCAGGAUUUAGUAGAAGAAUUAACGAAAGUUUCCAAUGGUAGACAAGAGACCGAUUCCGAGUUAAGAGAAAAAUUAGCUGACGCAGAGAGAAAGCUUGAAGAAUUAGACGAAGUUAAGGGAGAAUUAGAAAUCGUAAAGGGCGAUUUGCAUACCGCUUCGGUCACAGCGAAAGAAGCUGAAGAGAAAUACGCUAGAGAAUUGGUGUUACAUUCGGCAGAUCUUCAGAUGUUAGCGAAGCUGAAAGAAGAAGCACAGGUAGUAGACAAAAAGAUAACAACUUUAACUCAAGAAAGAAACUCUGCCGUAGAAGCUCUAGAGCUCGAGAAGACAGCUUAUCAAGAAAGGGAGAAGAAAUUGUUCGAGGAAAUGCAAGAAAUGCAACAGCGAGUAACUGAUUUGGAUGCGCAAAAUGCUAUUUUACAUACUCAAAUUCAAGAACUAAGCGACAAAAGUGCGAUCAUGCAUAGCCAGCAAACCAAGAUGAGCCAGGAAAGUCCCGACACUAGUUUAGAAGCAAUGAAUCGUAGUUUCAGCGGACUCGAAGAUGAUUCUAAAUCUGCAGAACAAUUAUUAAGAGUUAUGAAAUAUCUGAGGCGUGAAAAAGAUUUAGCUGUAACGAAAUUUGAUGUUUUGAGGGCAGAGAAUCUUCGAUUAAAAUCACAAGUGGAGGUCUUAGAGAAGAGACUGAAGGAAAGCGAAGCUGUUCUUAAUUCGGAAAGAGAAAAAUCAGAAAUCGACGUAGUGACCACGUCUAAACAUGCAGAGCUAUUACGAAAAGUUGAAACUUUGAACGCGAUCACAGAUUCUAACAGGAUUCUGAGAGAAGAAAGAGACAGCUUAAGUGCAAAGGUUUCAGAGCUCACCGCGAAAGUUGGUGCACUUUCCGAAGAAGUAGUGCCGCUUCGAGACAUGACGCGAGACAUGCAAGUAAAAAUAGAGUCUUUAUUACAGGAAAAUACAAGUCUUAAAGCAGAGGCGACUAGGUGGAGACAAAGAGCUAAUGCAUUAGUAGAGAGAGCCAACAAGACGAGUCCGGAAGAUUGGCGUAGAUUACAGACCGAACGCGAAAAUCUUAGCAAACUGCUCACCUCUGAACGCGAGACGCACGCUAAACGCGCCGACGAAUUUAAUCAAUUGAAAGUAGAGAAAAGUAAAUUAGAGGAACAACUGGUACAGCUCCAGAAACAGAUACAAGCACAAGGAGAGCAAGUUCAGAAAGCUUCCGAGGAAGCACGUAAAUUAGGCCUGGAUUUGAACGAAGCACUCGCUGAUUCUACUUCUAAAGCGAAAGAUCUAGCGACGUUAAGAAAAGAACUCGGCGAUAAAGAAGCAGUCUUAAACGACAUUAAGAAUAAAGAGAUUCAAAUAAGAAAGAUAGCCAAGAAAUACAAGACUCAAUUCGAGGAACUCGCGAAAACAGUAGAAGAAGAGAAAAGUCGAUCCGAAGAGUCUCGAAUGACAGCUGGAACAUCAGGAACCGAGGAUACUGCUUACGUGUCCCAAGAACGCGAGGAUCAAUUGCGAGAGGAAGGUCGAGCAGAGUUGCGUCAAACGAACAUUGAGUUAACGUCGAAAGUUGACGAAUUGUCGCGUCAAAUGGUAGUUAUACAGAAUGAAGCUGAUUUGUUGAAAAAAGAAAUUGACACCAUGACUAAGACAAGCGUGGAGAAGGAAGAGCGCGCGAAACAAGUAUUAAAAGGUGCAAGAACUAAGAUCAUGCAAUUAACGGAAUCGAAGAAGAUCUGUGAAAAAGAAUUGCUCGAUUUGAAAGCGAAAGUCGAAGCUGGUACCAGUGAAUCCGACACUGCUGAACACGAUGCCAGGCUCGUAGCUCUUAAAUCUCAAAUGGAAGGUAGAAUCUCUCGUUUGGAACACGAGAAAGCAGAAAUUCAGGCGGAGAAAGAAAGUCUUUCGCAAAGAGUUGCUCAGUUACAGCGACAAUUGGCCGGCGUCAGCGGUGUUAGCGCUACCACGGAACCACCAACAGCCAACAUUAAACCGAUGUCUGCUCGCGCAGAAACGCCGUUAGCAAGUAUUCGUCCAAUGAGCGUAGUAGUGCAAUCUAGAACAGCUGCUGUCUUACCUACAACCGCUAGUGCACCGGUGAUGGUAGCACCUCAUCAGCAACAACAACCACAGCAACAAGUAGUACACACCACCGAAACGAGCUCUCCGACUAGUAGUCUUCCAGAUUUUCAACCAGCUAGCACUAGCAGCUCGUCGCAAACAGCGCCUAGUACUUUACGCCAACUUGUUGUCCAGCCACAGUUGAGCGAAUCGGCGGAGUCGACUCAAAGAGAAGAUCCAGAAAGUGCUGAAACACUCAGUGUUCAACAACAAUGUCAACAGCAGCAGCAACAACAACAGCAACAGCAACAGCAAACUGUCGCGUUAGUGAGUCCAAGAGUCGAGCAACAACAACAGCAGCAACAAGCUGCGGCGAGUGAUCAACAGCAAACUGUAGCUAGUAGUUCGACUCAGUCGGUGAGCACGUCGCAAGCCUCGACAGGACACAAACGGCCCAGGACACUUGAUUCUACGGCCUCGGGAUCCGGAAUCGUAGAGAGCGUAGAUCAUAGCAGACAGGAGCAAGUUCCUAGCCCUAAAACUAAACGGUCCAGACAAGAGAUAGCGUCCACCGCUAGCGCGAGUGCCUCAGAAGUCGAGUACCAGGUACCAACAUCGAGUCAACGAGAUCAAGACGAAGAAGUAGAAGAAGGGUGCGUAGUUGUAGUGGAUUGCGACGAAGGCGAAGGAGGUGGCAACCAUCAAACGCAAGAAGAGGAAGAAUUUGAUAACGAUCCAUACGAAGAAAUGGAAGAAGAAGAGGAAAUGCCUUACGAAGUUGAGGUAGAAGUAGAGAGAGAUAAUAACGAAGUUGAGAUUAUAAUGGGAGAAGAUUCUACGAGCGUAGAAGUACCUAGGCAAGCACAAGCAACGGUACCCACAAAUCAACAGCAGCAACAAUCCGAAGCGAUUAGUAGUGCUGGACCGACGGGCGAACCGCCUACGUCGUUUGCGAUUCGAUCGUCGCGGGGAAUUGCACCCAUGCCUAGGCAACAGCAACAACAACACCUUCUCUUGCCGCAACAAGGGUACGAGGAUGGAGGCGACGAUAGCAUAGUACCCAGCACUCCGACUUUAUUCGUCCCACGGCGAGGAGACGGGUUCGGAGAAGCUGUGAGUUCACCUCAGGUUCCUCAAGGGCGCUUUACUUUUGGAGAUUCAUCUGCCCCGACAACAGCAUCAUCGACACCCUCUCUGUCAACUCCUUCUGGAUCAACAGCACGAACAAUAUUUGGUUCAUCCAGUUCUGGCGCGGCACAAGUAGUCCAAGAAAGUAUGGAUGACACAAGGAUGGAUCUUGCUCAAUCGGAAGACGGUGGUACUGGUCGUAGCGUGCCUACUACGCCAUUGCAAGUUUCACCAGCGGCUGAUUUACCACCCUCGACAAGCAGUGGACCAUCCGAAGAACAGGAAACACCAGUUUCAGUGACACCAGUGUCUGUAACAGGUACCACUGUUGGUGAUACUAGCGAAGAACCUGCGAUACCUAGUAUUAUUGUAGUCGGUGUCGAUGGUCAGCAACAUAAUCAAACAGAAAUAAUCACAGAAUCUAUCAGUACGACACCGACUGAAGGAACCAGCACAGAGAGUGAAAAGCGUACGGAAGAAGCUGGCCCUUUAGUCUCUGGGGACGAUGAUGCAGUUGACACUGGCGAAGGAACCGAAGAACCGGGAAGCGACAUAGUAGAGGAUGAAGUGGAAGAGGAGAGCCGCGAAGCGGAAGCGUCACCGUCUAGUAACACGCGUCAAAGGGCAAUGGCAGCUGCAGCCGCUGCUGCUGCGGCCGCGACAGCGUCCAACGGUACUAGAAGUGCUACGGCGCGGCGAUCAUCGCGAUCUCCGUUUAGGGCAGCACGUGGUAGUCGACCGACACCCAUUGUUUGGGAAAGUCAGUCUGGCAGGGGUCAAGGUGUAGCGCGCGGUGGACAUGCAGGGAGGGGAGCGAGCAAUGAAACCGGAAGAGGGCGUGGUACUAGACGCCGAAUGCGAUCUAAAUUUCCAUAUGCGCGAUUCUAAGACUGGAUAACGAUUUUGUAUACAAAGUCACGUGAGAAAUGUGUAACGAACGUUGGCUGUUAAUAUAUCAACUAUCAAAAUGAAAAUAUUUUUAUUUAGCUUUAAACGGGAAUUAUGUUGUACAGAUAGAUUUGUUCAAUACUUUUAUUAUUUCUAUGUCCUUAGAUCAGACCAUAGCGCCGCUCUGACACGGCACUGUACGUACACCUGUCUCUAAAUCUGGAACUGUUCGUUUUUUUUUCCAUAUCAAAAGUUACAAUCUUUCUGUCCAAUUUGUUCGUUUCCGAAGUUACUAAAUUCCGUCAAAAGUAUAUAGCAUUUAUGCGACUGUAU